AUGGAGCCGCCGGACGCCGCGCCCGGGGCGCGCAGGGCCUCGAGGCUGCUGCUGCUCACGCUGCUGCUUGGGGCGCGCCCAGGAGCUGAGGCUGAGCUGCACGUGUCUGUACCUCCGCUGGUGGAGGUGAUGCGAGGGGAGCUUGUCACUCUGGACUGCACCCCUUCAGGGACCCACAGCCAUUACGUGCUGGAAUGGUUUCUGCUGGAGCGCUCCGGGGCCCGCCGCCUCCUGGCGUCUGCAGAACCCCAGGGCAUGAAGCUACAGGGCAUGGUGCACAGUACCCAGGCCCGCAACCCCCCGUACCAGCUGGACUCCCAGGGCCGCCUGGUGCUGGCUGAGGCCCAGGUGACCGAUGAGCGGGACUACGUGUGUGUGGUGAAGGCCGGGGCGGCGGGCACUGCCGAAGCCACCGCAGGCCUCCGUGUCUUCGUAAAACCAGAGGCCACCGAGGUUGAGCCCAACAAAGAGAUGCUGUCUGUGAUGGAGGAGUCGGCACAGAAGAUUGCCACCUGCCUCAGCGAAAAUGGGAACCCAGCUCCCAAGAUCACAUGGUAUCGGGACGGAAAGCACCUGGACGUGCCCAUGGAGGUCAACUCGGAGGGCUACACGGCCAGCCGCACCAUCCGGGAGGCCUCAGGCCUCCACUCCCUCACCAGUGACCUCUACUUGCGACUCCACAAGACUGACCGGGAUGCUACCUUCUACUGUGCCGCCCACUACAAACAGCCCCAGGGCCAUGAAGGCCGCCUGGACAGCCCGACCUUCCGCCUCAACCUUCACUAUCCCACAGAGAAGGUGCAGUUUUGGAGGGCCAGCCCGUCCACCACCGAGGGCUGGGUACGAGAGGGUGACACAGUCCUGCUGCUUUGCCGGGGGGACGGCAGCCCCAGCCCGCCGGAUUACACCUUUUACCGCAUUCAGGACCAGCAGGAGAAGGUGCUGCAUGUCAACCUGGACGGGAACUUGACCCUGGAGUCCGUGCGGCGGAACCAGAGCGGCACCUACGGGUGUCGGGUGGAGGAUUACGACGCCGCUGAGGACGCCAAACUCUCCGAUACCCUGGACCUGCAUGUGGCCUACCUGGACCCCCUGGAGCUCAGUGUGGGCGAGAAACUUGUCUUGUCUCUGGGCAAUAGUACAAAUGUGGACUGCUUCGUGCGAGGGCUGCCCACCCCUUCCUUGCGCUGGACCAAGGACUCUACACUCCUUAGGGAUGGCCCCGUACUCUCCCUCAGCUCCGUCACCUUCGACUCCGCCGGUGUCUACAUCUGUGAGGCCUCCAUGUCCACCGUGCCCCUCCUGAGCCGCACGCAGAGCUUCAAACUGCUGGUCCAAGGGUCACCGGAGGUGAGGGAAGUGGAGGCUCAUCCCAGAGUCGAAGGCACGUGGCAGGAAGGGGACGAAGUCACGCUGACUUGCUCUGCCCGAGGCUACCCAGAGCCCAAGAUCAGCUGGAGCCAGCUGGGUGGCAGCCCAGCAGAGCCGGUCCCCGGAGGGCAGGGCUGGGUCAGCAGCUCCCUGACCCUGAAGGUGACCAGUGCCCUGAGCCGCGACGGUGUCACGUGUGAGGCCUCCAACCGCCAAGGGAGCAGCCAGAAAGUCUUCCACUUUGGGGCUGUUGCCCCCCAGACCGCACAGGCCGGGGUGGCGGUCAUGGCCGUGGCAGUCAGCGUGGGCCUCCUGCUCCUGGUAGUGGCCGCCUUCUACUGCAUGAGACGCAAGGGGCGCCCCGGCUGCUGCCGGCAGAGAGAGAAGGCAGCGCCGUGA